AUGACACCUGUUAGAACUAGAUCUUCCAAUACCACAUCUUCGUCUACUACUUCUACCGUCACGCCGCCAAUAAACCCCAAAAAUUUAACUAUAAAUUAUAUUUUGAAAGCUGUCAAUGAUUUAAAAAAAUCCCAAUCUGAAAUACUGUUAUCAAUCUCUAAUAUUUCCAAAUCACAAACUUCAGAAUUUGCUCAACUCAAGAAGGACUUCACUAAUCUCUCUAAUAAUCUAAAUCUACUACAAGCUGAAAAUACCUCCCUCCGGAAAGAUUUAUCAACUCUCAAAAAUAGAGUAGAUUCUCUAGAGUCAAAACCUAAUGAGCCCAACACUAUAUCAACAUCUCUUUUACCUGAUAUGUUACUUGAGCUCACUGAACGUGAGAAAUGCACGUUCAACUUUAUAGUCCAUAAUCUUCCUGAGUCGUCCUCAGCAAAUACCUUCAGAAAGAAUUGCCUCGGACUCCAAGAAUUUAACUGA